AUGUCUAAAUUUUUCAUAAUUAGAGAUGCCGUGAAGAAGGUCCGCCGCUUCAACUUGGUGGGGCGGACCCUAGAAUUUAAAAUCAAGCCAGUCCCCGUCGGCGAAGAACCCGUAGGGUGGGUUAAAGAGGCAAUCCAGCAGGCCAUAGCUAAAGGCGCCGAAGGUCUUAACCCCGAAGACCAGGUGUCUUUUUCGUUUUGCUCCAGGGAUUUCGUCAGAGGUGAUGGUUGGGUCCGCUUCAAGCCGGCUGGAGAGGUUACCUAUGACGACGUGUGGGGCGUGAUCUCCAGCGUCUACCAAUCCAACUCUGCGGGGCUAAACACCGAGACGUUCUGUCUGGGGGUAACCUCAGUGAAGAUGCCCGCAGGGAAAGGAAACGAUAGGGGGCGGCUGUACAACACCUUCGACGAGGAGUGUGCUUUAAGGAAAGGAAUUAUGAAAAUAGACAAUAAAGACAAUUUGUGCUUGCCGCGGGCCCUCGUCGUCGCUAUUGCACAAGUGACCAAGGACGCCGAGUAUAGAAAGGUGCGCAGAGAUAUCGGAAAGAUACAGACACAAAGAGCUCAAGACCUGAUACGGGUGCCGGGGGUUACCAUUCCCGAAGAAGGUUGCGGUAUCCUUGAGCUGCAGGAAUUCCAGCGGUAUCUCACCAACUACCGCAUCGUCGUGUACCAGUACGGCAGCAAAGGCCGCGACGCGAUAUUUAAGGGCUGCACAGAGGGCACCUCGUUAAAUUUGAUUUAUCACGAAGGCCACUAUAACGUCAUCACGUCACUAACGGCGGCCUUCCGUUGCAUUUACUAUUGCGAGAGGUGCCAGGUGCCAUAUAAUAAUAAAAACGAUCAUAGGUGUGGAGGUACUUGUCCUGCGUGCCAGAAGUCGCCCGCAUGCCAAGAAGACAUCGCAGUAAACUGUACCGAUUGUCAGCGUAGCUGCAGAGGGCAGCAAUGCUACGAUAACCACUUGACAAAUAUCUGUGCUCAAAUUCGCCGUUGCCCCGACUGUCUCAAGGUGGUAAAAAGGGGCAGAACCCAUAUCUGCGGGGAGAUAUAUUGCAAGAUAUGCAAUGCCCACGUCUUCGCAGACCACCUAUGUUAUAUGCAGCCUAAUACAGGGAAGCCGAAGACAGAUGACCUUCUCUUCGUCUUCUACGACUUGGAGACGCAGCAAGAGAAGGCGAGGUCGGACGGGUCCCUCCUGCAUGAGCCUAACCUCUGUGUCUUCAAGCAGUGCUGCGACGCGUGCCUGAACACGCCGCAGCAGAAAAUCUGCAGUAAAUGCGGGGUUAGACUGCAAAUAUUGCAGUGUAACGACCCUAUUUCGCCGUUCCUCCGCCACCUCAUGACCAUGAGGGAGAAAUUCAAGCAGGUGGUGGUCGUCGCACACAACGGACAGGCCUUCGACCAUCAGUUCUGUCUCAAUUACAUCCUUACCAAAACCGACCUCACCCCGGAACUCAUCAUGCGAGGGACGAAAAUAAUUUCCAUGGUGGUGGGGAACGUAAAGUUCCUGGAUAGUCUCAACUACUUUCCCAUGGCGCUGUCCAGGUUGCCCAAGGCUUUCGGCUUGGGCAAUAAUUUAAAAAAAGGCUAUUUCCCCCAUCUUUUCAACACCGCAGAAAAUCAAAAUUAUGUAGGCCCUCUACCAGUCGCCGAAUACUAUGACCCCGACAACAUGAAACCAGAAGAUCACUCCAAGUUCCUCGAGUGGCACGAGGAACACAAGGACGACGAGUUUAACAUGCGGAGGGACCUCGUCGAAUAUUGUAUUUCUGAUGUUGAAAUUUUAACGGCUGCAUGUCUCAAGUUCCGGGAACAGCUGAUGGAAACAGGAAACGUCUGCCCGUACACGGAAGCAUGUACGAUAGCCUCCGCAUGCAAUAAGGUGUACAGGCGCAACUUCCUCAAGCCAAACACCAUCGGCAUCAUCCCCAAAGGCGGCUACAGAUGGCGGGACAACCAAAGCAAGAUAGCCAUCCAGUGGUUAGUGUGGGAGGAACACACCAGAGGCAAAAACAUCCAACACGCUGCUAAACAGCAAGAAUCUCGAGUCGCGGGUGUAAAAGUCGAUGGGUAUGCCGCAGAAACCAAUCAGGUGUUUGAGUUUAACGGCUGCUACUUCCACGGCUGCCCCACCUGCUUCAAAUGUAAUAGAGACGCUCCUAUGCCCGAAGACCCCUCCCAGACAUUAAACACCCGACACGAAGCCACCCUUGCAAAGAUGCAAAGACUUCGAGACCUUGGUUAUGAGGUCGUUGAGAUGUGGGAAUGUGGGUUUAGGCGGGAUCUUCAUAAGAACGAUGAAGUCCGCACCUACACUGAAAACCACCCGCUCGUAACCCUAACGCCGCUAAAUCCCAGAGAUGCUUUCUACGGAGGCCGCACAUGGAACACAGUCGAAUACUACAAGUGCGGCCCAGGCGAAAAAAUCAAAUACGUCGAUGUCUGCUCCCUUUACCCCUGGGUCUGCAAAUACGGCAAGUUCCCCGUAGGCCACCCUAAAAUUUAUGUGGGUGAAGAAUGCCCUACAGAUCUUCAUAAUGUAAACGGGGUUGUUAAAUGUAAGAUCCUACCGCCCCAGAAUUUCUACCACCCAGUGCUCCCUACCAAGAUGAACAACAAGCUCAUGUUUGUUCUCUGUCGCACCUGCGGAGAACACAUGAACACGAGCGAGUGUCGACAUAACGACGUAGAGCGAGCUCUAACGGGGACAUGGGUGACGGAUGAAAUUGUAAAAGCCGUUGAAAAAGGGUAUCGCCUGCUGGAGAUCCAUGAGAUAUGGGCCUAUGACGUUCAGCAGUACGAUAAGGCUGCAAGGAUCGGAGGAUUGUUCACAGGGAUGAUGAACAAGUUCAUCUCCGUGAAACAGCAGGCGUCCGGUUGGCCCGUCCAUUAUACCACAGACGAGGAGAAGGAGCGUUACAUAGAGCAGUUCUUGCAGCGAGAUACCUUUUGGGGGAAACUUGGACAGAGGGAGAACCAGCCCAAAACAUCCGUAGUAAGAAACCCCUCAGAAUUCUUCGGUAUGCUCACAAACCCCAGCAUCUACGUUAACUCGGCGCUCCCUAUCAACGAGGACACGCUCGUCGUUAACUGGGAACACAAGGAGGAGGCCUAUGACCCACUCAUCACCGUAAAUGGCGUCAUCGCAGCGUACGUCACCACACAAGCACGCCUAAAGCUGUACAGUUACCUGGAACAGCUGGGCGACAGGGUCCUGUACUAUGACACAGACUCUGUCAUUUACGUGGCUAAAGACGGAGAGUACGACGUACCAACGGGUGAAUUCCUCGGCGACAUGACCGACGAGCUGGAAGGGGAUAACGAAGAGAAGGUGGUGUGUAAAGUUAAAGGUAUAUCCCUUAACUAUACCGCAUCACAGCUGAUAAAUUUCAACACCAUAAAAGAUAUGGUGUUGGAUACUUCCACCACCAGCCCGGUAUGUGUAGCCUCAAGAAACAUCUUGAGGACCAAGGAGCACGAGGUGAUAACCGUACAGCAAACCAAGUUGUAUAAGCCUCUCUCCGUAAAGAGAUGGUUCCUGGACGACCACAGCUCAGUGCCCUACGGUUUUAAAAGACCUAAGCUUUAA